AUGGCCCGGUGGCCCUCACCGCCUCCGCCUCCGCCGCCGCCGCCGCCGCUCGCCGCGCCGCCGCCGCUGCCCGGCGCCUCCGCUAAAGGGCCGCCGGCGCGCAAGCUGCUCUUCAUGUGUACCCUGUCCCUGUCCGUCACCUACCUGUGCUACAGCCUGCUGGGUGGCUCGGGCUCGUUGCAGUUCCCGCUAGCGCUGCAGGAGACCUCGGGAGCCGCCGCGGAGCCCCCGCCGAGCCCGCCACCUUCAACGCCACCGCCACCCCGCGUGCGCCCCGGCGCCUCCUCGCCACCGCCGGACAACGCGAGCCACGGACCGCCGCCCGAGCCCCCCGAGCGCUUCACGGCACCCGCGGCCGACGGCUGGGGAUUGGCAAGCGGCGGCGGCUCCCGGGACGUCUGGUCCCGGAGCCCACCGACCCCAGGAGACUCGGUCACAGAACAGGGCGCGCUGCUGGGGCGCGGGGCGCAGGAGCCGGGCGCCACCGAGGAGCUGGCAGGCCCCAGGGCGACCAAUGCGAGCGCGGAGCGGGACCCCGCCAGCACCCCUGAUUACGGGGAGAAGAAGCUGCCCCAGGCGUUGAUCAUCGGGGUCAAGAAAGGAGGGACACGCGCGCUGCUUGAGGCUAUCCGUGUCCACCCGGACGUGCGGGCGGUGGGUGUAGAGCCGCACUUCUUCGACAGGAACUACGAGAAGGGGCUGGAGUGGUACAGAAAUGUGAUGCCCAAGACAGUGGACGGGCAGAUAACCAUGGAGAAGACGCCCAGUUACUUUGUGACAAAUGAGGCUCCCAAGCGCAUUCACUCUAUGGCCAAGGACAUCAAACUCAUCGUGGUGGUGCGAAACCCGGUGACCAGGGCCAUUUCUGACUAUACCCAGACGCUGUCAAAGAAGCCAGAGAUCCCUACCUUUGAGGUGCUGGCCUUCAAAAACCGGACCCUGGGGCUGAUUGAUGCCUCGUGGAGUGCCAUUCGCAUCGGGAUCUAUGCUCUGCACCUGGAGAACUGGCUGCAGUACUUCCCCCUCUCUCAGAUCCUGUUCGUCAGUGGAGAGCGGCUCAUAGUGGACCCUGCGGGGGAGAUGGCCAAAGUACAGGAUUUCCUAGGCCUCAAGCGUGUUGUGACGGAGAAGCACUUUUACUUCAACAAAACCAAGGGAUUCCCCUGCCUGAAAAAGCCAGAAGACAGCAGUGCCCCAAGAUGUUUGGGCAAGAGCAAAGGUCGGACUCAUCCCCGCAUUGACCCAGAUGUCAUCCACAGACUUCGGAAAUUCUACAAACCCUUCAACAUGAUGUUUUACCAAAUGACUGGUCAAAAUUUUCAGUGGGAACAGGAAGAGGGUGAUAAGUGA